CAUUUCACAAGAUUUAGCCUUUAACCGGCCUUUUAAUUAGGUAAAGCCGGGGUGGUCGCUUGAUCAUGAUAAAUGCAUACACAGAAGGGGCGCAAGUGCAAAAAAGUUAAUUUUUAUCUACUUCCCAUCAUCCAUCAUCCACCCUUAAAGCAGAAAAGAUGUUGCAAUGGUAUGAGAGCUUUUUGCUCUCUAAUGCAAGUCAAAUUACUGCUGUGGAAAGUUCUCUGCGUAGUAUCACUUACUUUCUUCCCGGUCGAUUUCCCGAUUCAGAAUUGGCAGGAGAAGCAGUAUAUUCUGCUUUGAAUUUGUUGGGCCUUUAUCAUGAUUCCAUCUUGGUCAGGCUGCUCUCGCCACGAUCUAUGCCUCGAUCGAUCGGUGUAUCUUCUUCAUCAUCCAGGUCAACAAUCAAUUCGAGCAGAUCAACUUCUGCUUUACAAGCGAGCGCUACACCUCAAUCCGUAUCUACAACCGGAGCACCAGCACCUCCUGCAACAUAUAGCAAACUACAGCAUACACCUUCCGAGCAUGCCAGAUAUACCCAUCAUUUUUCCGACUCAAGUUCAACAUACAGUAGAUUAGCACGAGUUUUGGUGAUUAUCGGAUAUGUUGAACUACUAUCCGAAAUGCUCGCUCGGAGAAAGCUAGGGCCAAAGAAAGCUUGGGAUGUGGUUGUAGGCAUCGAAAGUGUCAAAGCUGUGCUAAGACUGGCCUUGCUACGAUUAACAGAAACCCGAACUUCCAUUCAACCGCCUAUCCCAGAGCGUGAGGUAGAUCCGGCCAUGCUGGAAGAAGAUCGCAAGGCGACACUAGCAAACGCUCUACAGCCAUCCAACGAAGGACCAAGCGGUAGUACAUCAUCAUUAGCAGCAUCAGCCCACCUGUCUGGUCUUUCGCCUGAAGAGCAGGCUCAAGCUGAUGUCUGGCGUGGAUCUCGGACCGGACUGACAAGACCAACGCUAACCUCUAUUCAUCAGCGUGCACAUCCCGGAGCGAAUCAAAGGCCACCACAGCCAAACGGAAUUAGAUCAAGACAUCCUUUGGCCUCUCGCAGAUCAGCAUUGGGAACUGCCUCUCCCUCAUUGGACAAUUCAGGUUCCGGAUCUGGCUCGGAUUCUGAUGAGACUUUAGUUGAUUCAUGGACAGAGAAAGACGUCAACGAUUAUCUGAUGAGCCGUACUUUGACACCGAAUGAUGUCAAGAAGCCGGAAGAUUUGGUUAGAAAGCUGAAGAAUGGGAUGGGCGUGACGGCUGAAUUGAUUUGGAUUCUGCGUCCUCUUCUUUACGUUUUGGCUCUCAGACGAUGGGGUCGUCGACACAAGACGCCAUUCUUCCUUUCAUUGGGAAUGGAAUAUCUUGCUCGAUUGAUGCGCAUUCGUGCGCUUACUCCUCCUGGAGCAUCUAUAUCGCCUUCUCCCUUGGCAAAUCCUUUACUGAUGGCAAUGAUGGGUGAUAGUAGUGUUUUGAGUCUGUUGGCCAAAUUGACGGGAAGUGGAGCGAAAGAAGCAAGACCGAUUAGUGAAGUUGAAAAGCAAGAAUGGGAAAAGAGAAGUCGUGCAUUCUGGUGGUAUUUGUUGCGUGGACCGGCAUGGUAUUCUUUCACCCGUCCAAAGUUGGAGUCAUUGGCUAGUAAAACGGAAGCCAGACCAUUACUAGGUAUCAUUGGUGGAAUUGUGCGAGAUUAUCUACCAUUGGUCGAUGAUUAUUACUAUUAUAGCUCUACAUAAACC